AUGAGCAACACAGUAGACCAACAUCCGCUUACGUAUUGCUAUCGGCAUGCGCCAGGCAAGGAGAGACUCGUUGACAAACAGAAGGCUGAAUUGCUCGCAGAGCAAGUGGCAUUACUCAGUAAACAAGACCACGAUGCCGUCCGUGCUAUAUGGUCUGCCUUCACUGCCGCUUCUGCGACCCUCCGACCAUUGAUUCUCGACGGAAUCCUACUCGCAUCCUGUCUUCCUCAGCUAUCCCAUAUAUCAACCGAGCUCCAUACACUACUACGAAUGGACUUUAUCGCCGAUAUGCCCACAGAGACGUCUGUGCGGAUACUGCAGUACUUGGAUGCAACGAGUUUAUGUCAUGCUGCUCAAGUAUCGAGAAAAUGGAAGCAGAUUGCUGAUGACGAUGCUGUAUGGCAUCGCUUGUGUGUCCAGCACAUCGAUAGGAAGUGUGCCAAGUGUGGAUGGGGACUGCCACUCAUGGAUGCAAAGAAACGUAAAAUCGAUUCGCCAGAACCUGUAGCUACUGAACCCAGAAUUGCUCCCGCUAGCAGUAGUAAUGGUACGACUAGUAAUGGAACAAGUAGCAACAGUAUUCCAAAGAGAAAGACUCUAUCGGACGAUGAUAAUUUAGAUAUAGUCAAGAGACAAAAGACUGAUAGUGGAUGUAUUAGCAGUAGCAGUAAAUCGCCAGAGCUUCUAGAAGCAGAUAUAAUCACAACAGCAUUAGAACAGCGUGUUACAGUGCCCGAACGACCAUGGAAGGACAUAUACGCCGAGAGGCUUGUAGUAGAACGUAAUUGGAGGAGAGGAACCUUCCAACAACGAGUCCUACUUGGCCACACCGAUGGAGUUAUGUGUCUGCAUUACGAUGAGGCAUCAGCUCUACUCGUUACAGGUGGCUAUGAUCGUACCAUUCGGGUAUGGAAUGUAGAUACAGGUUGCAUCAUCAAAAUAUUACAAGGUCACGAACAAUCUGUAAGGGCGGUCUACUUUGACGAUGCCAAACUCUUCUCUGCAUCCAUGGAUCGUACUAUAAAGUUAUGGAACUGGAAGACUGGCGAGUGUAUACGGACUCUGGAAGGCCAUACAGGUGGUGUCUUGUGUCUUCAUGUAGACGACAAGAUGCUCGUGUCUGGGUCAGAUGAUGGAUAUGUUCGUGUAUGGUCUACCGCCCAUAAUAAGGCUUUUGGAUGGAAGGCCCACUCGGAAUGGGUCAAUCGAGUCCAAAUAUAUAACAAGAAGCAACUCUUUACAUGCUCGGAUGACACAACCGUUAAAUUGUGGGAUAUAGACACCAAACAGCUUCUAAGAACAUUUACAGGACAUGUUGGCCAAGUUUAUGGGAUGGUUGCUGCACUACCCCAUGGUCAUGAUCUAGUUAGACUGCCUCCUGGAUAUGGAUAUACGCUCUUGGCUACUGACGGUGUCCACUACUCUGAUGGUACGAAAUCGCUAUCAGCCAACCAAGCAGGGAAACUCGUUACUGCUUCCCUAGAUAACACUAUCAAGAUAUGGAAUGUUGGAACUGGUGAAUGCGUAUUGACAUGCUUUGGGCAUACAGAGGGUGUAUGGUGUGUGACCUUUGAUUCUUUACGAAUGGCCAGUGGUAGUCAUGAUGGAACCGUCAAGGUUUGGGACUUUGAAUCUGGCCAAGUACUGCAUACUCUGAAUAGGCAUCGUAGUCCGGUGAAUUGCAUCGCAUUGUCAGAUACCAAGAUCAUCAGUGGGGACGACGAUGGUACCAUUGUCAUAUGGGAUUUCUUGCCUGCGAAUGCUGCAGUUGAUAGUAGCAAAUUGAAUCUUUGA